AUGGACAUAUUUGAAUCUCUUGAAGAGAAGUGUGAUUACUGGCACGGUCUUCUCAACUAGGUUAUUGACGAACACAUCCCAGUAAAGAAAAAGCAUGUGGGAACUCAAGAUGUCCCUUUCAUGACCAAGAACUGGAAGAAAGCAAUCAGGGACAAGGGAAAGGCAGCAAAAGCAUAUGCAAACAACAGAAUAGAGGAGAAC